GAGGUAGAUUAUAGGUUGGUAGUCGGAUUAUAUGGUCGUAUGGCUGGUGAAUACUAAUUAAUGAUCCUAAGACCUGUCUCACUAUUAAUAGACCUGUGCGGUAAGCUCCACAGCACUUUCAAUGCUCAAGUCUUUCAGAAACACAUAGCAAUAGAGAGAGCGAGAGAGGGGAGCCAUUGUGUAGAAUGUCUCUAGAGGAAAUAAUGCCAGUCGAGUUCUUAAGAAAACAUGUCAAAGAUCUUGCCUUCAUUCUAACCCUGUUCAUCAUCUUCGUAGUACUUUCUAUGAGAAAAGCUAUGAUGCGGAGUGUGUAUUUGGUGGACUUCGCGUGCUACAGGCCGCCAAGGUCGCAGAUGUGCUCCAGGGGCUCAACCAUGAGGACUGCCCAUGCCUCGGGCUUGUUCUCGGAGAGUACCCUCGACUUCAUGCAGAAGACGAUGGAUAGGUCGGGCCUGGGCGAUUGCACUUACCUGCCCGAGGGGCUCUUGAGGGUGCCUACUGACAUGUGCAUGGGGGAGGCCAUGAAGGAAGCCCAGGCAGUGAUGUUCGGGGCCGUCGAGGAGCUGCUUGCAAAGACAGGCGUGGACGUCUCUGACAUAGGAAUCCUCGUGGUGAAUUGCAGCCUGUUUUGUCCCGUGCCUUCGCUGUCCGCCAUGAUCAUGAACAAGUUCAAGCUUCGGCAUGAUCUUCUCACAUAUAAUCUCCAGGGGAUGGGGUGUAGUUGCGGUCUUGCUGUUAUAGGACUGGUCAAGCACCUUCUUCAGGUUCAUGGUGAUUCACAUGCACUAGUCGUUAGCACGGAGAACAUAACCCAGAACGUCUACCAAGGUGAUGAUCACUCGAUGAUCCUGAUCAACUGCGUGUUUCGCGUCGGUGGGGCAGCUAUUCUUCUAUCCAACCGACCUUCUGAUCGAUCAACUGCCAAGUAUGAGCUCGUCCACACUGUUCAUACUCACACCACCGGCUCUGACCGUUCGUACAACUGUAUCUUCCGAAUGGAGGACAGUGCAGGAUGCAUUGGUGUCAAUAUUACCCGGGACCUCUUGGCCGUAGCUAACACAACCAUUGAAGCCAACAUCAGUGCACUGGGUCAUCUUAUCCUCCCCCCGUGGGAGAAGCUUCGAUACACCAUGAAUUUUCUGAUCAGAUUCUUCAACCUGGCGAAGAUCAAACCUUAUAUUCCCGAUUUCAACACUGCCAUCGACCAUGUGUGCUCCCAUGUAGGCGGAAAACCUGUGCUCGAUGCACUGCAGAAGAGCCUCCGUCUGAGCGAAGCAUCCAGCAGUUCCAUCUGGUACGAGCUAGCCUACACCGAGGCCAAGGGAAGGAUGAAGAGGGGCGACCGGGUGUGGCAAAUCGCAUUUGGUUCAGGAUUCAAGUGCAGCAGCGUGAUAUGGAGGGCAAUCAAGACUGUUGCCGGCCAUGAAGAAAAGAACCCGUGGGCCAAUGAGAUCGAUGCGUACCCAGUGGACCUCAUCAACGAAGGACCGAUUCCGUAUCAUUUUGAACUAUCUGAGUAGGAGAUUAUGUAGAAUGAAUCAAUCGAACAAUGAAAGGACUUCCAUAUUCACCGUAAUUUGGAACCCGUCCUUAAUUACCCGGCUACAUGACCAGUUAUUAGAAUGUCAGUUCAUGUUGUUUUUUUCGGUGGGAUCGGUUCUGUUGUUUAAAAACGGUAGAUGGCAGAAAGACAGCAUUUACUGAUCGGAUUGUACUCUUCAAACGAAAGAAACUAUUUUGAUAUGCCAAAAUUGAAUAGCCACAGCUAUCCUGCA